CUCUUUUAGUUCGUCUCGUAGUUGUGGUGAGGCAUAGCGUCGUUCAGUUAUAUAUUCUACCUGUUGUGCCCCCGUUUGGGGUUUUAUCUAUUUAUUGCACUUACCAAAGGGCCAUUGUCACCCUUCGAUUUUGUAUUAUGCACCUGUGUUUCAGUAGCUUUGUGUUUUGUGGUUUUGAGUGUAUUUGAAAAAUUUGUUACGCUUUAUCUGGAUGGAAAUCGUUAGUACUUUUUAAUUUUGAUGAAAGAUGCCUGAAACAACCACCAGCCCUCCGGUAGAGGAUCGUCCUCUAUCGUUGGCUCGUCACGAGUUCUCUUUAUCUUCAUCAGGCAGCGGUAACCGAUCAUCAUCAGGUAACCGUUACGAAACUCAACACGGAUACCAACAAGUACCAUUACAAAGUACCAUGAGUCACCAUCGCGAGAGUUCGGCUUUCGUACCGGUGGUACCGUCGCGAAAUAUGCACCAAAUGAUAUACUCCAGUGAAAUACACCCCUUACUCGGUGGGGAAAUGAUACGUGAAACUCGCGAACGUUCGGACGGUAGCAAAACCGCUGAAAGCGGAACCGCUCCGGGAUUUUCCGGUACUCGAAAAACUUCGACCGGAUUCGAUUUGAUGGCUAUGAUGGCGGAUAAACGUAAAGAAAUGCAAUUUCGCGAGGAAGCCGCCUGCGUCGCGGCGGCACACGCGGCGGCUUUGAUGCUUCCGCAUAGAGCUAGACCACCGAGCGGUUUAUUAGAAGCGUCCGGUAGUUCACAAACUCAUUCGUAUCCGGGGUUUUUACCUACGUCGCCGGCGGGGCCUGCUUCUUUCACGUUUCCGGGAGGUAGUGCUCUAUUUCCUCCGGGACCUCCUCAGAUGCACGCGCAUUUGGAUAGGCGGUUAUUGAGAGCGCCGGGGCGGGCGUCGCGGCCGAAAAAACAAUUCAUUUGCAAAUAUUGUAAUAGACAGUUUACUAAAAGUUAUAAUUUGUUAAUACACGAACGUACUCAUACAGACGAAAGGCCGUAUUCUUGUGAUAUAUGCGGAAAGGCUUUCAGAAGACAGGACCAUUUGAGAGAUCACAGAUAUAUCCACAGUAAAGAAAAACCGUUCAAAUGUGGCGAAUGCGGUAAAGGUUUCUGUCAAUCCCGAACACUGGCCGUUCACAAAAUUCUCCAUAUGGAAGAAUCUCCACAUAAAUGUCCGGUUUGCAGCAGAUCCUUCAACCAACGUUCGAAUCUCAAGACCCAUUUACUCACCCAUACGGAUCACAAGCCCUACGAAUGCAAUUCCUGCGGAAAAGUUUUUAGGAGGAACUGCGAUUUGAGACGGCACGCUUUGACACACGCCGUUGGAGAUGUACCUCCCGAUGGACUUGGAGACGGAUACAUACCAAGUGGCGAUGACCAAGAAAAGAUGCCUCCGCGAUCAAGAAGUCUCUCUGUCGAUUCUAGAGACGAGAGGGCGUGUUCUCCCGCUCCCGGUAUAACCCAAUGCCAUGAACCGUGUUCGUCUUCGAGUCCUUAUACUAUGAGACCCUCUAUCGAAAGACACCAUCCCGAUACAGACGAAGAAGAUUUAGAUGAAGACCCGGAAAUAGAUCCCGGUCAAGAAGAUUGUACUGAAAUUCUCAAAGAAACUGAAGCAGAACCUCAACAUACCCCGAUGCCACAGCUACAAAUAAGAAGAGACCUUCAUCAUGUUCCACAACCGAAACCGAGCACCAUUACUAGCGAACAUGUGGAACAGAGUUUCCUCAUUUCCAGGAAACGACAUUUCGAUCAAGACAGACCGAGCUCAUCGUUCUCUCACAGUUCGAUGCGACCAUUGACGCCACCUAUGAACCUGAGAACGUACCAUCCAAGUAUGAGAGGAACUCCCGGUUUGUUAAUGGGAUCUCCCGCCGUACUAAAACCGCCGGAUACUGGAACGUCUGUUAUAUUCGGUCCCGGAAUACCCGGUUGUUCAAAAAUUAUUCAGAAUCCUAAUUCGAAUAACGUGGCGAGUGAUUUAAGCAUGAAAAAAAGCGAAGCCGCGCCUCCACCUCCACCACCUCCUAAUCCACCGCCUCAUAACCCACCACAGAGAAUGACGGGCUUCACUAUAGCGGAUAUUAUGGGUAGAUAGUGACGUUGGGCAUCUUCAUCCCGGGAGGAAAAGUGUAAUAGAAUAUCGGUAUGGAAAUUGUUGAUUUUCUUUUCAUAUUGUUAUAUUUUUUUUUAUUGGUAAGACAUUUAAAUGUUUUGAUUUAAGUUAAUUAGUUUUAUUUUUCAGUAAUUUAUUAUAUAUUAUAAUUAUGUAAUUUGGGUGAAAAUUUCAAAUUUCAAAUGCCACCACUUCUGUUAUAUCAUUUUCACACGGAUUUAAGUGUCCUAAGCUGAUUUCUAAAAUAAUACUUCACUGACUACCAUAUUUAACAUUAAAAAUUCCUUGUCUAAACAUUCCAGAACCAUCUGAAACUUCCCUUUUACUUUUACAGCUUUUUUUCACCUUUACCUGCUUACGACAAAAUUUAUCUGAAACUUUCAGAUGCUUUACUAUAUAAUUUAGAACCUUUCAUAGUUUCUGCACUUUACCCGGAGUUUUUUUAAACGUUAUUGAAUUUUUAUUUCAUAAUUCAGUAUCUACUACAGCUUUAAAAUAAUUCCUACCAUAUAUCUUCUUGUUUUAAAGUUAGGUAUAACAACUGGUACAUACAAUUAGGAUUCUACUGCAAACCCUCAUGAUCAUCUAAAACUUCAUUGCAAGUUUCAACAUCUUUUUUAAGACCUUCUGUAACCUAUUUGCAUGUAUUUCGAAUCAUCAGUGCCAUUAAUAUGCUUAAUUUAUUAUCCCUAAACUGCUUUGGUCCUCUGGGAUUUUCUACAGCAUAUGUUGUACCCGUCAGAACUAUCUACUGCUUUUUUUCGCAUUUCACAAUCUUUCUGUAAUAUAUCUGCAAGAGUUUUGAAGCUCUGCAACAAUCCAUGAUCAUCUGAGUUUUCUCUAAAUGUGUUAGAUCCUUCACUACAUCAUUCAAGAUUGUUCUGCAACUUUUCUGCUCACCCUAGAUAUUUAUGUUGCUUUUCUGCACAUAUCAAAACCCCUGAAGCUUUCAUAUGGUCUUCAAUAGCGUCUGAAACUCUACUCUGGAUGUUACAGAUGCUUUAAAACAUGAUUUUGGAUCCUCUGCAUCUUUUGAGAAUAGUUCUCAUAUCUUCUUUGGUUGUCUUUGAGGUUAUCAAUUAUAUAGUUGUUGAGCAACGCAUCAAAAUAAUUCAAUUUCGUGACUGCAGAUUUAGAAAACAAAUAUGAAGUACUGGUUUCUUGGAGUUUUUAAGUUUGUUCCUUUUUUUGAUUUAUUGAUUCGAAAAAAAACUUUCGAUGUUAGUUCCCACAUUAUUUGUUAUAAAAUAUGUAUUACUAUAUAUUCAUGUAUAUAUAUCUUAAAAUUACGUUCUUUUUAGUUUAAUUAAUUGCAGAUAUUGGGUGAGUUAAGUUAAACGUGUAGAUUUAUAUAUUUUUUGAAAGAUUAACAUAUCAUUGUGACUUAUUUUUAUUAGUUUGUAAGUAUAUUUUAAAAAAUAGUACUUAGAGAUUUUGUAUAUAAUCAAAAUAAACCGAAUUCCUAUCAAUUACAAGAUAAUUUCAAGGCUUAUUUUAGCUUCAUACAGAUAUAAUAAUUACUUAAAGUAGAAAUUUUCUUGUACAAAUAUUUUUAGGGAUCUAAGGCUUGAUAUAACCAACGUUCAAAAGUUUAACUGUAGUUUUCAGUAGUUGAAUUGCUAAUUUCUUAUCUUAUUUUUUAUUUCUGUCAAAAAUAUUGUAGGUCAAUUUUUUACUGAUAUAGAUAUUUUGCAUUUUACCUGAAUUAACGAAUUUUUCCAUAAGAAACAGAAACAUUAUCACACUUUAUUUUACUUUAUUAGAAUUGUCCUCCUGAAUCAUGGUUUCUCGAUGAAAUUUUGAAGAUUUUACUUUGUUUCUUGAUGAUUAUCCAGUUACUUCCUGUUUUAACCAUGUUUUCAUAUUUUCAUUUCCAUAUUUUUUUUCCAUAUAUUUCCAAUAUAACUAUUACAUACACAAUGCCAUAUUUUUUCUAAUAUCUGCUUUCCAUUAUUCCUUCACCAAUUUUUGAAUCUUUCACAUUGUUUUCUAUCUUCUUUGAGAUUUUAAUCACUUCAGGACCUUUCUAAACAUCUUUGUUAAGUAUCAGGAACAUCCAAAGCCUUUCUGAUCAUUUUGGACCUUUCACUAAAUGUUUUAGGAUACUCCGUAGCUUUCUACUUUGCAAGUAUCAGGUUCAUCUAAAGUCUCUCUAAUCAUUUUGGAUCCUUCACUACAUGAUUCAGCAUCAACUGGACCCUCUUCAAACAUUUCAGAUAUUUUAAUACAUGAUCCAGAAUUUUCAGUAACAUUCCUGUGAAUAAAACAAAAUCUUUCCAUUUUUUUCUUGCUGGUACACAAUGUUUAGGAUUUUUGUAAAUGUUCUGACUAAUUCAGAACCUUCUGGUGCAUCUCUGCUAGUAUCAGGAACAUAUGAAGCCUCUAUGAUAAUUUUGGAUCCUUCACUACAUUUUUCAUAAUGUUUUAUACCUUUUGACUACUUCUAUAGCAAUUCUGCACAUAUGGUUAUUAAAUUGUGUUUUUUUCAGAUCAUAACAGCUAAAGGUGCUUCAUUUCAUGUAAAAAUCAUCCAUAUCUUCUAAGUAGUUCUAAUUUCAGAGAUACUUCGAUUUUAUUGCCUCUAAAGAACAUUUGAAAUUAGCAUCUUUCAAUUUUGAUUGAUAAAAUAAAAUUAGUGUCACAUAAAAGUUUGAUUGAGAAUUUUGGUUAUAGCAUCCAGAUUAAAAGUGAAAAAAAAUCGUUAAUGUAAUAAUUUCUUUAAAUAAAAUAUUAAAAGCGAAAACACCCUGUAGAUAUAGAUUAUAAGUUAUUAUAUGUAACUGUUGGUACAAAAUUUAGUAACAAUUGUUAUUGUAAUUUAUUUCAAUUAAGUAUUAUAGAAUGUUAGCUUAUUUUAUUUUUGAUAAGAAAACUAUAUUAAACUGAAUGUGAUUUAUACUAUUUUUUUCAAUAAAGUAUUUUCUUAAAUA